UACGUCAAAUCCUCGCGCGCCUCUUCGCCACCGCGUUGUCUUGGCAACGCACCUGCAGCGUGGUGGCUGAAGCUGGGAGCACGGAGGAGAAAACACGGAGAGGACGAUGGAAGAGAGCGCCAGAGAGCUCGACACUGGCAGCGAGGCAGGAGGAGACGAUGCUUUGGUGGGAAAUGUGAGCAAACUGACAGUCACUCCUCCAGGAUAUACAGGAGCACCCAGGAAAGGACAUCUCAUCUUUGAUGCCUGCUUUGAGAGUGGUAAUCUGGGCCGUGUGGACUACAUCAGUGAAUUCGAGUUUGACCUCUUCAUCCGGCCCGACACAUGCAAUCCUCGCUUCAGAGUAUGGUUUAACUUUACUGUCGAGCAUGUCCGGGAGACGCAGAGGGUGAUCUUCAACAUGGUAAACUUCAGUAAGACGAAAAGCCUGUACAGAGAUGGGAUGGCCCCAGUGGUGAAGUCCACCAGUCGGCCUAAGUGGCAAAGAUUGCCAGCCAAGAAUGUGUAUUAUUACCGCUGCCCAGACCACCGGAGGAACUACGUCAUGUCUUUUGCCUUCUGUUUCGACCGAGAGGAUGACGUGUACCAGUUUGCCUACUGUUACCCCUACACCUACUCCCGCCUGCAGCACUAUCUGAGCAGCCUCGAGCAGCGGAACCUAGACUACCUAAAGAGAGAGCAGCUGGGCCUCAGUGUGCAACAACGAAGGCUUGACCUCCUCACUAUCACCAACCCAGCCCACCUGAACCCAGAGCGAGAGAAGCGUGUGGUUUUCCUCACAGCACGUGUUCACCCUGGAGAAUCACCUGCUUCCUUCAUCUGUCAGGGUGUUAUAGACUUCUUGGUCAGCCAGCACCCUGUGGCCCAAGUCUUGCGUGAUCAUGUGGUCUUUAAGAUUGUGCCCAUGCUCAACCCUGACGGUGUCUACCUGGGAAACUACAGGUGCUCUCUGAUGGGUUUUGACCUGAAUCGCCACUGGCAAGACCCUUCCCCAUGGGCUCACCCCACUCUCCACGCUGUCAAACAACUCAUCGUCCAGAUGAACCAGGACCCUAAGGUGAGCUUGGAGUUCUACAUUGAUGUGCAUGCUCACUCCACCAUGAUGAACGGCUUCAUGUAUGGUAACGUGUUUGAGGAGGAGGAGCGUGUGCAGAGGCAGGCCGUCUUCCCCCGCCUGCUGUGCCACAACGCACCAGACUUCUCUCUCUCCAGCACCUCAUUUAACCGUGAUGUGGUGAAAGCGGGGACUGGCCGGCGCUUUCUGGGGGGUCUGCUGGACGACACGUCCUACUGCUACACCCUGGAGGUGUCCUUCUAUAGCUACCUCGCUGCAGGCAGCACCACUCCUGUCCCAUACACAGAGGACAGCUACAUGAAGCUGGGGAGAAACGUUGCAAGGACAUUCCUGGAUUACUAUAAACUAAACAACCUCAUUGAUGACAAUAAAUUAUCAAGUCAUAUUAAGAGCGUGGAUAGCAUACCUCCUGGUCGCCAGGGGAGUAACACUGGAAACGGAAGGAAUCAAAAUGGGGGGAAAAGUGAAAGAAGAUUCCAAGGAGUCAGAGACUACUGAAGCACAAUAUAACACAUGUUCCCAAGUACAGACACGCAGCAUCUUCUGGACACUCAGGACAUGGACCCUUUAAAGAAAGGACAUAAAAUAGGCUAUCAUCAUUUACAAUCUGUCUCUGGACUCCAUGGUGACUCACCUGAUAUCGCCAUUGUCUUUAAGUCUCUACACAAAUACUUUAUUACUUUAAAGCAUCAAGCGUUGAAGGAUAAUGAUUGUUUUGAUUUGCCUUUUCUUGCCUUUUUGAAACACCAACAACAGUGUGCUUUGCCUUGCUUUUGGAGUUGCCUCUUAUCUUCAUAGAAGGUGCAUUUAAUUCAAUUGCACUUAUUCCUGUAAAGUGAUUGCAUGCAUUAUCUUCAGAGUGCUGUGUUUUGAGUUUAUCUUUAUUCUCUGGUACUUGUCUCGCUUGUCUGAAUGCAUUAAGAUUGUUUUUAUAAGGAGAAUGUGAUUACUGUGAUGGUUUAUUGUAUUUCAGAAUUGUAUUCAGGCUUCAGCCAACGCUUUUUAAUUUGCAAUUUAUGACUAAGUGCUUUUGUUCAAAGGCAGUUUUGAAAUUUCUGUUACAAAAACAAUCUUUUGAUUUCUCACUCUCGCAGCAUUAUCUCAGAAUGGAGACUGUCAAUGCAUUGUCUGCUGACAUCCACCAAGUUAUCAUACCAUACAUUAAAUAUAUACUGCAGUUUCUGAAUCUCCUAAAUACAAUUCGGCAAACUGUCUCUCCUUCCAUCUCUCACUCUCUUAGACUUGCAGGCUGGAGCAGGAUCACUCAGACUAUCAGUCAAGAGUGGCGUGAAGAGCAGCGUGUAUUUUUCAGGCCAGUCAUUCGGAAUAAGUGAGGCAAUCAGUCAGAACCAGCAUAAACAAAUGACUCGCAUUUUACAUGGUAGACGAGAAGAUGGAGAGAGCUAAUGCGAAUGAGAAAACACAUCCAUCUACAGAUUCUUACACACACCCACCUCGCAUGCCAGCACAUAAAAGCUGCUUUGCACCUCACCUCCCCACUGGGCUGUCAUCUUUUUUUACCUGUAUCUCGACCCAUUACUCCCUUUAGCUUGCAUCAGUAAACCAGGCACAUCAUGGCCUAAUUGUCCUUAUGCAGCUGUAAAUUGUUAAUACUUUCCCCCCUAUUCAACAUCGCCAUGUUCUAUUCUUAUACACCGAUUCCUUGGCAUUGUGAAUUCACCAUCAGGGUUCUUCAAGCACAAACCUUUCUGAAGCUCAAAACACUUCAUAGCACAAAAUAAAAUGGAAUGAAUUGGCCAUAUUCUAUAAAAUAGAGCUCUUUAAACCAUAAUGUACAGCAAUCAUUCACACUGUACAACUUUCAGACUAGGUAGAUCUGCGUUGUAUGCAACACUAUAAAUGACGUCUAUUUCCACAAGCCUCUGCAAGAAUUUAGUUUGUAUAUAGGUUUCCAGGGCUGCUUCUUAAAGACCCUAUGCAUCCAAAAAUGUGUUUAUUGGAUUGUGUAUUAUGGUUAUACAUCAUCAUAAAGGAAGAGACAGGUCACUGGUUGAAAUAUUAAUGGGAAAACUUGUAACACUCAACAAGCCCGUCUUCACUGUGGAGAUCUGCCCAAGUGCAGUAGCCAAAACAAACCGAAUAAACAUGUUUUUGUGUGUUACUGAGCCAAAUGCUACAAACUGUUUAUGAGGUUUUGUCAGAUUUUAAUCAGUGAUUUCAAAUAUGUUUUUAAAUUACUAAUUUGACUUUCAGUUUGGACUAUUUUGGUCUCUCCCUAUUCAAAGAAAUAUUAGACUGGUCUUGUAUGAGUCUGAGCUACUGAUGUCAAACCAGUGCUAGUUGUCUCCGUAUAUACUAUAUAUUUAAUCCUUGGUUAAGGGCAGCAUGAGCACCUGAGCCAAGAGGGAGAUAGAAACUGCUGCUCCUCCCGGCGUGGCCUCAGGCCUAAUCCAGCAGCCGCACCACUAGAAGUUAACCAGUAAAGCCAGAGUUAGUUUACCGAGAAGGCUUAAAUGGCUACACACACAACCACGCAGGUUCAUUCUGGCUCUUUGUAGUCUAAUGUGCACAAGUCUAAAGAACAAGGACUUAAAUCUGAGCGGGUAAACCUAUGUUUUUGUGUGUGGAGCUGUUAUCUUAAGCUUCUUUUAAUUCGGAUCCUUGUUGCACCAGUGGCCAGGGAUGGGGAAGUACCAAAGCAGCGUGCUACUUUUUCGUAGCUAGCUACACAUUUUAGUAGCUAGUAGCUAGUAGCUGUAGCGCCUACAAUUUUUGUGUAGCAGUCAUUGACUGGGCUGGUGGUGACUGUGUAAUCCUGGCUGAGCAGCGCUCAGCUCAAGCAGACAGGCACGCGCUGAUCACCCCUUACUAGCAGGCUUAACUCAAGGGUCACAACCAAAAUGUUAAUAAGAGCCGUUUUGUCCUUUCAGCAAAAAUUAAACCACCUUGGGAGAAACGACAUUUUCUGUCCGUUUUACCUUCUUGGCUGUAAGUAUGUCUCAGUAUGAGCUGAUAUACAGGCUAAAAAUAUAAAUGCAAACUCAGACUCACUUUAACCUUUAGCUUGGCUGUAGCCGCUUUUCUCACAUCUCGGGAAACUUCUCCACGGGUUUUUGUAAAAUGUCUCUCAAUGUUUGACUUUUUAUGAAGUUGAAGUCACUUCUCAUCCUCUUUCUUCUCAUUUGAGUUGUCCCGUUCCACCUUAAAUGGUGCAUGAGGCGCCAGAUUGUCCUGCUACGCCAUUUAAGGUGGAACGGGAGAAUUUGAAUAAAAAGCAAGAGAGAGAGAAGCGACUUAAGUUUCACGAGUUGCUGCAGAUUAAACAUAUCAGCAAACCAGAGUGAUUAUAAAUGUAAAUAAGUCCAUUUGUCUCCAAAUGACUGAUGUUCGUCUCUUUGCCGUUUCAUUCUCUGUGUUGCUGCUUGUCCAGUAUGCGCUGAUCUUCUGGAUUAAAGGGUGAAUUAGCAAUUCUA